AUGUUCGACGCUAUCAAGAACUGGUUCUCUCCUGCUCAGGAGAAUGAGAACAAGUGGGAUGCUCGCAAUGUGGAACUCCAGCAGCCCAACAGCCCUGCCGGUCCUGCCAUGAACAACGAGGCGGUUAAUCAACAGCCGGGCGGCCCCGAGCAGAUGAACGUUCACAUGCGUGGUGGUGGUGAGGGCGAGGAUGUCUGCUGUGGAAUUUGUGCUGGUCUCUGCUGCUUUGAGUGCUGCGAAUGCUGCUGCUAG